CGUCCCCGCCUUCUAGCCAUCCGUCCAGUGCUCGCCGCCGCCACCGCCGCCACCGCCGCCGUCGCCGUCGCCCGUCCCAUUUCACAGUUUCCCCGUCGCUCAAGUCGUCCGCUGCUUCUGUUUCACCUCGUUCACAGUUCAUUCCCUCUCUCUCCGGUCAAAGGGAUCCGGAGGAGGAGCCGAUACUCAUGGUUGAGGGAGUUCGCCUAUCUAACGAAGCUCACUGAUUGGCUAGCUUCCCCGGCGAUAGCCCCAAUGUCUGUCGUUCCAGCUCUCCGCUGCAUCGUCGCCCAUCUCUUCGGGCCAUCUCCGCCAUUAACGCCUCAUCUGUUCGUCGCUUCAUCCAUCUUGAACCAGUUUCAGAAGCCACUCUCUUCCCUGCUCUCCCAGCCCCGGAAGGCCUUCUCCACGCGCUCCACGUCCCAUCUCGCCCCGAAAGAGAGGACUCUGGUCCUUAACAGCGAUGAGCGGGUGGGGUGCUCUGGUGCUGUCGAUGGGAUCGGACGUGUCGAGAAUUCGAGUACGAUUGCUGCUAUCGUGACUUCGGUCGGGGGUCCGCCUGGCGCGGUCGGGAUCGUGCGUUUAUCUGGUCCUUCCGCUGUAGCGAUUGCAAGUCGGGUUUUCCGGCCAGCGAGUAAAACCAGGAGGAGGAGGAGGAGGACGGUGUCCUCGAAUUCUUGGCGGCCCACUAGCCAUAUGGUAGAAUAUGGUUUGGUUAUGGAUUCCAGUGGGAAUGUUGUUGAUGAGGUUUUGGCUGUGCCAAUGUUAGCUCCAAGGUCUUACACCCGCGAAGAUAUUGUUGAACUUCAAUGUCAUGGAAGCGACAUCUGUUUACAUAGAGUUUUGAGGGCCUGUCUUGAAGCAGGGGCAAGGCUUGCAGAACCAGGUGAGUUCACUCUCCGCGCAUUUCUUAAUGGCCGCUUAGACCUCUCCCAGGCUGAAAAUGUUGGAAAGCUAAUUUCAGCAAAGUCGACAGUUGCAGCUGAUGCAGCAUUAGCUGGACUUCAGGGCGGUUUCUCUUCUCUGGUCAAAAAAUUAAGAUCACAGUGCAUUGAAUUGCUUACUGAGAUUGAAGCUCGACUUGAUUUUGAUGACGAGAUGCCACCCAUUGACUUAGAUUUAAUAGUGCAUACCAUACAUUCAAUGGUGAAAGAUGUUGAGACAGCCUUGGAAACAGCCAACUAUGACAAGUUUCUUCAAUCUGGUUUGCAGAUUGCAAUUAUUGGCCGUCCAAAUGUUGGGAAGUCGAGCCUUCUAAAUGCUUGGAGCAAGAGUGAGAGAGCGAUUGUCACAGAAAUUGCUGGAACCACCCGGGAUGUGGUUGAAGCUGGCAUUUCCGUAUAUGGCAUUCCAGUGACGCUACUUGAUACGGCCGGCAUCAGGGAAACCAACGAUGUCGUGGAGAAAAUUGGAGUGGAGAGAUCUGAAGCUGUAGCUGUGGGUGCUGAUGUCGUAAUCAUGGUAAUGAGCGCAGUUGAUGGAUGGACUUCAGAAGAUGCUAAGCUUCUCGAGAGAGUUAAAUCCAUUAAGAAAUCAAGUGGGUCUUCAACUCUGGCUAUUCUUGUAAUCAACAAAAUGGACCGUGUCCCAUCUGUUCACUUGGAGUGGGAUGGUGCGGACGACAGUUUCUUCAGUAAGCAUGUAUUCACCUCUGCUUUGACCGGUCAUGGCGUGCAAGACCUGGAAAGGGCAGUGUCGGAGAUUGUGGGUCUCAACAGGAUCCCUGCAGGUGGGCGGCGGUGGACUGUGAACCAGAGGCAAUGCGAGCAGCUUGUUCGGACCAAGGAAGCUCUCAAGAGAUUGGAGACGUCGGCUGGGCAAGAAAUGCCGCUCGACUUUUGGACAAUCGAUUUGAGAGAUGCUGCACUAGCUUUGGGUCAGAUAAGUGGAGAAGACAUCUCUGAAGAAGUUUUGUCCAACAUUUUUGGCAAGUUUUGCAUUGGUAAAUAGAUUUGACAUCAAUAUCUAAAGCGUAUACCAACCUUGAUGGAUUCUGUUGCCUUCCUUUGCAUGGGAACUGUGAAGUACCCCAUCUCCAUCCUCCACCUCUUCUCCUUCGAUCGAAACCGUUUCCUUUUACAUUGGUCAUCUCGUGAAAUUCGACUUUUCUUCGUACUUUAGUCA